AUGUCGGAACCAACCGAGUUCUUCAACAAAGAGAUUCUCUGCUCUAUCUUCAAGGAGAAAGAAGAUGAACAUGGCGUGCUCAAACCAAUCGAGGAAGACUUCAAAAAGAAAAUCAAGGCUCUCUCUGUCAAGGCCCAGGCCGCUCUUCGCGACGAAAUCGACAAGGCAUUGAAUGCGGGCGUUGACUUCACGUUCAUCGUGACGAUUGGUGGCAAGUAUUAUUGGAAACCAGCGGAGUUCAAACAGUGGGUGUCUCACUUUGAUUUGCAUACCGAGUGCAAGAGGAUCACUUGCGCCAGCAACAAUUGCGUCGUGAUUCUCACUGAGGAUGACAAGACUGUCACCAUUCUCUUUUACGGCAACAACAGGGUUGACGUGCACGUCCCUGAACCCUUCCGUUCUCCAGACCCCGAGCCUCGAAGGAAGAGACGCAGAGCCAACAACUAUGCCCCGCCGCCACCAGCACCGGAAGAUGAUGGCUUCGAGGAAGACCCAGGAUUCGAGUCGCAGCAGAUUUCUGGCCUCGCCAACGUCAAGAACAUUCACUCUACCCCUCGCAAGUAG